AUGAUCGACGAUGCGUCCGUGAAGCUUUGGUACUGGAGAGUUGCCUUCCGGCUGGGUUCGGUCAAAAAGAUACAAAAGAUUGUUAGAGAGAGAGAGAGAGAGAGAGAGAGAGGCUAUGUCGGCGUGAGGCUCCGAGUCACUCCAAAGCCUCCACAGGCGUAUCAAUUACUCGUUUCUAAAAUCACCCACUCUCUCUCUUUUCUUCUUCAGUGGAUUCACCAACGUAAGCACUCACCUCAGUUUCGCGGUUUUCUGAUCGAUCGUUGUUUGGAGGAGAAAUGGUUUGUUUUGAUUGGUUUGGUCGUUAAAUAUUUGCCGGUUCAACUACGGAACAUCGACUGA